AUGGCACCUAAAAAAACGGUAGCCUCUGAAGAAGGAAUCGCAUCUUCUGAAUCACCCAAUAUAGAUGAGAAAGUGUCGAGAAAAGCUCAAUCCGAGUCCAGCAAAGCACCUGAUGUGGCAAGGAAAACACACCUUCAUCCACCAACGAUGAUAAUGGUCAAAGAAGCGCUGAAGGAAUUGGACUCUCGAAAGGGUGUUUCCUCGCAGGCCAUUCGUAAUUACAUAACAGAGAAAUAUCCAUCUUUAGACCAGGUGAGGUUGAAGUACAUGAUGCGCAAGGCCCUGAACAAAGGAAUCGAGAGCGGGGUAUUGGCGAGGCCACCUAACUCCACUGCAAGCGGCGCACAGGGGAGGUUUCGGCUUGCAGUCAGGGGUAAAUUGAAGGAGCCCAAGCUUAAGGCCACUGAGAACACUGAUCCCAAUGUGGCGAAGGCCUCCAAGGCUGGAGCCAAGAAGACCAAAGGAAUUUCUGAGAGAACUACAGCCAAAAAGGAGAAGAUUUCAGAGGAUGCAAAACCCAAGAAGGCUCCUGGUGGCUCCAAGGUGGCCCCUACGAAGAAGCCCAAGGCGACGAGGCCUGCAGUGGAAGGAGGGGCUGAGGACCAGCCCAAAGCACUGAAGACUACCAAAGCAGCCAAGAAGGGCGAGGGGGCAGCCAAGAAGGGCGAGGGGGCAGCCAAGAAGGGCGAGGGGGCAGCCAAGAAGGGCGAGGGGGCAGCCAAGAAGGGCGAGGGGGCAGCCAAGAAGGGCGAGGGGGCAGCCAAGCCAAGAAGGGCGAGGGGGCAGCCAAGAAGGGCGAGGGGGCAGCCAAGAAGGGCGAGGGGCAGCCAAGAAGGGCGAGGGGGCAGCCAAGAAGGGCGAGGGGGCUCCUGCUGCUAG